AGCGCUGCGAUGAACCUCCUCACUAUCCAGUCUGCUCAGUCACCGAAAUAACGGCUAACGCUUCACUGUGAGGCAAACUCUGGACACCACUCCGCUCCUUACUUUGACAGGUUAACUUUGGGGCACGACGCAGGACAUUUGGAAAAACGUGCGAGUAGUGGCAGCAGGAGCAUCAUUUCCUUUAUUUGAGGUCAGGAACUCAGUGUGAACUCCACUUAACCCAAAAUCAGUGUGUGCACCAUGUCGUCUAAACCUCACCCUCCUCUGAUGAAGAAGCACAGUCAGACAGACUUGAUAAGCCGUCUGAAGAGCCGGAAGAUCCUUGGGGUUGGUGGCGAGGAUGAUGAUGGCGAAGUACACCGCUCUAAGAUCAGUCAGAUGCUUGGAAAUGAGCUGAAGUUUGCAGUGCGAGAACCUGUCGGGCUAAGGGUGUGGAUACUCAUCUCAGCAGUGGGCUUCACAGUUAUGGCCCUGAUGGCUCUGGUGUUUCCCAACCAGCUAUAUGAGGUUGUUUUUGAGGAGGAGCUCUCCACGACUAGCAUUUCCAUUCGCCUGUAUGGAGGAGCACUGCUUAGUCUGGCCCUCAUCAUGUGGAAUGGUCUGUACACAGCAGAGAAGAUCAUCAUCCAGUGGACUCUGCUCAGUGAAGCUUGCUACUUUGCAAUUCAGUUUCUAGUGACAUCUAUCACCUUAAUGGAGAUCGGGAUCCUGCCCAUUGCUGCUAUUCUCCUGCUCCUCAGUCGAGUGCUUUUCCUGGUGGUCACUAUGGCUUACUACUACCACCUGGGCCGUAAGCCGAAGAAAAUCUGAGCUGCGUGUGUGAUACUUCCAGGGAGGGGACAGCCGAGCACAGAUCACAAACAUGGGGUCAGAAGGUUUGGAUUAUUAUUUGACUGGGGCUUGGAGCAUUUCUUUUCCAGUGGAUGCCCCCUGCCCCUUUCCAUGGGACUUAACCUAUUGUAACCCCCAGUAUUCAACAGAUGAGCAUAGUCUCACAUUCCAGACUCUGCGACAAGAACGAGAAACCUCAUAGUCAAAGUGAAUUACUGGGCUGUGAGGUCAAGCCCCUCUUGGCACACAUUCCUCCUUUGUGCAGUUCUGAGUGCUGUUCUUAUAAAGAAGGAGUUAGCAGUAUGUAGUACAUUGCAUUUUUUGUGUCACCUAGUUUUAUGAUUUAAAAUGUACAGUACAGAGUAAUUUCAAACAUCUGACUAUGUUGUUAAUGUACAGCUACAUGAUUUCCAGAUUCAGUAUUUAGUAUUAUCUGUUUGAUAAGAAGUUGCAUCUUGACACCGCAUCUUAAUCAAACUCAAGGACCAAGGGUUUGUGCUGUAAUUUGUUUCCUGUUUGAUGCUGUUGGUGUUAACUCAAACUGUAUGUGUGCUAAAGUGAAGCCUGGAUAUCUGUGCUCUGGCAUGCUUCUCUGACAGCUCUCCAGUGAACACACUGAAUGGGAAACUCAUCAGCUGUGCUUAGUGUUAGAUUCAGAUGCGGUCUGAUAAGAUAAAUGCUGGAUGAGUAACUAUGAACCUUCUCUUACACUGCUGACAGCUUUCUUGGUCAGCACACUGAGGAAACCCCUCAAGGUCAGUUUAUACUCUCAAUCAUGCCCAUCAAUCAUAUUCAGAUUUAAACUACCCAAAAACAAAUGCUGAAUCAAAACAUUUUUUCAGGGACAUUGUGACUUUUUUUUUUUAUUCCUUGAGGUAUCAGUUAUGAGGUUCUACCAAAGUGAACAGGAAUUGUUUUGUACAGAAUAUCUACACUUCUGGGAUUAAUACAUGUGAUGUCGAUGAAUGCACAUGUGAACGGAUUACUAAAAGAGUCGUUCUCUCCUUGUUGUGUGUGCACUGUUAGACAGGACUUUAGCCCCAGUGAUCUAAUAGAAAGUAUUUAACGUUCUGACCUUUACUGUAAAACUAGUGUCAGAAAUCGAGCAUGUCAGUGUGCAAGGUAAACAAACCUGACCUGGUUUCUCUUUAGUGAUGUAGCACAGUUUUUUUUACAUACAUCAUAUCCUUAGUCUUGCCUUAAAACUACUUAAAAGAACAGUCAUCAACACUGCAUCAUACUUUUUGUAUAUAUGUAAAUACAAUUAUUUGCUAUUAUGUGGUGUUCUUGUGAACCAAACAGGGAACUUGUUCGAUAUUAGUUAAAUGAUUUUCAAAGGCUGAUCUUUCUCUUGGUGUGUCUUAUUUUGUACCUAUUUAAGAGAGAUUUGUGUUUUGACGUCAUGCAUGCAGUGUAAUCCACCAAAAGAAAUGGCUCGAACUGUGUAGCAAGCUGCCACCAUCUAGAACGCGAAGUUAAUUUUAAAAAAAGAUGUUGAUGGGGGUGGAUGGAUGCAUUAGCCAAAAAUGACAAAGUCUGAAAAGGAAACGUUAAUUUAUAAGGUAGUUAAAUGCUUUAAAACAGACAUAACCCAAUGUGUGGCCGUUUUCACCCAAUCAGUUUGUUCAAAACAUUUUCUACCUCCCAUUACUUGGCUGCCCUCAGGUACAUGACAUCCCAGCUCAGUUUUAGAGCUGUGCCAGCAAUGCUAACUCUGAUCUCUGCAACUCAUACCCUUCAGCACCUGCGGCCAGUCAAAAAGACUAAAGAUAGUUGACUCAUUUUGUAAAUUUAACUUAGAACAAGGAGCACACUGUAGGUCCCGUCCAAAGGUGGUCCAUAUUGUUGUACAGUAAAUGACCAGGUUGAGUCCUGCCCUAGAAGGGAGUGGUCCUGAGGUCACAGUGAUUGUGGGUUUGCAGAUGCAAGUCCAGCGCUGAAGGCAGAUGUGCUUGUUACUUGGGUGAGUUUUCAGUUCAGAUAGGGAACGGGAAACAUGGGUGAGGUCUCCCAUACGUCUGAAAAGUAGUAAUUAUCCUUUUUCCAGUGUUUAAUUAGGUGCAACUCUCCUGAGUGACAUUGUAUGCCCCAACCUACUGCUCUGUCCUGGUAAUUAUGGAGUUCAAGGAGAAUGUCAAUCCAUUUCCGUCGAUACGACAGGCCUCAAAUCAUCAGCCUUGUGAAAUGUUCAAAGGUCUGUAAAGCUGGUUAUUUUGGGAGAGAUGGGCAGCGUCAGGGGGCUGGGCAGCAGGAGGGAGGCAAAGAAGUGGCUCUUUCAUCCUCCUGGUUCUCUGACGUAAAUUAGUCAAGAUAUUACAUUGGCAAGUUGUGUUCUUGAAAUUUUAGAGGAAUGGUAAGUUGAGCUAUUCAUUCGCUCUCAUGUAGAUCCAAAAUAUAUUGUACUGUUGUGACUAGCAUACCAGGUCAAACUGUUUCAAGUUGUAGCAUUGUGUUUUUAUGUAUAUAUGUGCUAUACUGUACCUCAAAAUGAAUUGUUAUGGAUUUCCACAAUUUAGUUUGAAAUAAAGAACACUAUUGCUUAUUUUGAAGAC